AUGGUUGCUUCUCACUUCGACACCCUUCAAGUGCACGCUGGUCAAGAACCUGAAGGCCCAUCUAGAGCAAGAGCCGUCCCUAUUUAUGCCACUUCGUCUUAUGUUUUUGAAAACUCCCAACAUGGUGCUCAAUUGUUCGGGCUUGAAAAAGAAGGGUUCAUCUACUCUCGUAUCAUGAACCCAACCCAAGACGUUUUUGAAAAACGUAUUGCCGCCCUUGAAGGUGGUGCUGCUGCCCUUGCCACUGCUUCGGGUCAAGCUGCCCAACUCAUUGCCAUCAAUGGUUUGGCCCAUACUGGGGAUAACUUUAUCACCACCACUUUUCUUUACGGGGGUACUCACAACCAAUUCAAAGUGGCUUUCAAACGGUUUGGUAUCGAAGCUCGUUUUGUCAAUGGUGACAAGCCAGAAGAUUUUGCCGCACAAAUUGAUGACAGGACUAAGGCGAUUUAUUUGGAAUCGAUCGGUAACCCAAAGUACAAUAUUCCUGACUUUGAGAAAAUCGUUGCCGUUGCUCACGACCACGGAAUUCCGGUGAUUGUUGAUAACACUUUUGGUGCUGGUGGGUUUCUCGUGAGACCAUUCGACCACGGGGCCGACAUUGUGGUGCACUCUGCCACCAAAUGGAUCAAUGGUCAUGGUACUGCGAUUGCUGGGGUGGUUAUUGAUAGUGGUAAGUUUCCUUGGGCCAAAUACCCAAAGAAGUUCCCGCAAUUUUCUGAACCAAGUGAGGGGUACCAUGGUUUGAUUCUCAAUGAAGCAUUUGGCAAUUUGGCAUUUAUCGGCCACGCUCGUACCGAAUUAUUGCGUGACUUGGGCCCUGCGUUAUCUCCAUUUUCUGCGUUCUUGUUGCUCAAUGGGUUGGAAACCUUGUCACUUAGAGUAGAAAGAUCCGCCAGUAACACUCUCAAAUUGGCCCAACAUCUUGAAAAAUCCCCAUAUGUCAGUUGGGUGUCGUAUCCUGGGUUAAAGUCUCACCCAUACCACGACAAUGCAAACAAGUACUUAAAUGGUAAUGGUUAUGGUUGUGUGUUGUCUUUUGGGGUGAAACAGACCUCUGGUGAUGCUACUGCCUCGACAUUUGAAAAAUCAGGGGUCAGAGUGGUUGACGGGUUGAAGGUUGCUUCGAAUUUGGCGAACGUUGGUGACUCUAAGACUUUGGUGAUUGCUCCGUAUUACACCACCCAUCAACAAUUGAGCCACGAGGAAAAAUUGGCCGCCGGGGUCACUGAAGAUUUGAUCAGAGUUAGUGUUGGUAUUGAAUUCAUUGAUGAUAUCAUUGAGGAUUUCGAACAAUCUUUCAAGGCUGUUUAUGGUAAUUAG